GGCAGGCCGCGCAGCUCUGUGAGGGUCGGGGUUAGUGCGCAGGUGCAGUUGGUUUCCCCGGCGGAGUGGAAAGGCCGGUGGGCGAAUGUCCAUCUUCAGGCCGGUUGUGAUGGCAUUUUCUUCGUGUCAUAAGUUGCUGACCAGCCGCUGCUAUUAAGGAAAGUGCCUUUGGAGAGGGGGCUCCUUCGCAUUUAUUGAUUCGCUGCCUUAUACCCAGAGAGUGGGGUUGAGGCCAGUGUCCGGACCAUCCGUCGCUGCCGCCACUGCUGCUGCUGUACCCCGGCCCCUGGCAGGAGGCCCCGGCCUUGUCGCUGGCGAGACCGUUGCUACGGGCCCCGCCUGCCUGGAGAAUGGGAAUCAUCUUCACUAAACUCUGGAGACUCUUCAAUCACCAAGAACAUAAAGUAAUUAUCGUUGGGUUAGACAAUGCUGGGAAGACAACAAUUCUUUACCAGUUCUCCAUGAAUGAAGUUGUACACACGUCGCCUACAAUUGGCAGUAAUGUAGAAGAGAUAGUGGUGAAUAACACACAUUUCCUAAUGUGGGAUAUCGGAGGUCAGGAGUCAUUGCGUUCAUCAUGGAACACGUACUAUACCAAUACAGAGUUUGUGAUCGUGGUUGUAGACAGUAUGGACAGGGAGAGGAUAGCUAUAACCAGAGAUGAACUCUACAAAAUGUUGGCGCAUGAGGAUCUGAAAAAAGCAGGACUGCUGAUCUUUGCCAACAAACAAGAUGUUAAAGAGUGCAUGACUGUAGCUGAAAUCUCUCAAUACCUUAAAUUGACCUCUAUUAAAGAUCAUCAAUGGCAUAUUCAAGCUUGCUGUGCUCUGACAGGAGAAGGGUUAUGUCAGGGAUUAGAAUGGAUGACGUCAAGACUUAAGGUCAGAUGACCUCCAUGGAUCAGGAUCACGGACCAUUAAUAUCUAAACUGUAUAUCCCUUCCAGCGGUAACGACUCCAUGCUUGCUGGAUUUAUUGGUAUUUAUUUUUCAGACUGAAUAAAGUUUACUACUUUCACACUUGCUUCAAGUACAAGUUUGGAAAGACUUUCCUUAAGGAUCAAGGUUGAGUUCAAGACUCCGAAUUCAACUGGUCAUUUGUAGCUUUUCUUUUAAAGAUGGCUGUGAUUGAUUGACAUUUUUUUUGGAACCAGCACAUUCUGCUCAGGGUAGAGUUUUCUUAGUAUUUGGUAAGUAUUCAGAGGUGGAAGAAGUUAAUUUGUAUUCCAACAUUAUCAUAUUAAUUGCUUGCCACUUUCUUUGUUAAAUAAAAGAAGCUAUGAUCUCAAUGGAACACUGUUAUACUGUUCACAGCUGAAAACCCCAAGUUCUGGUUGAGCUACCUGUUGCUGUUAUGAUCUGGUUUUGGCUGACAUCGCUGUUCUGUGAAGAAACUCGAAUAUUGUAGCCAUUAUUCUUUGUUUUUAGAGUGAACAACGAGCAAAAUGUUUUGUUUAAUUUUCUCUAAUCUACAAAGGAAUGCUUUUGGGAAUGAGUUGCAUGAUGCAAGGCAGACUAAAGCCACUGAAAAUAUUAUCAAUGUUGUACUGAGAAGUGGGUGUGCGAGUAUUUAUAUUUCAAAUCAUAUUCUUGUUUCUAUACACUAUUUCUCCACAUAAAUUAUAUCAUGAGUUAUAUCAUGAGUAAAUUCAAUGACGAUUUGGAAAGAUUUUAAUAUAAUUGCAGAGCUACUUCACAUUGAAUAUUAGACAGUUUAGCACAAUGAGACUUUGUUUGAUCCAGCAAAGUUCAAAGCUGCACUGCCAACUUCCUGAUCUCAUUCUGCUGUACUUUCACCAAAAACUGUUUUUAGAUAUUGAAUUCAGACUUUUCUUUUAGUCUAAUGGAGUUUGAAACUAUUUUGUAGGUUUGGACUAUACUAGACUGCCAAACAUGGGGCAAAAUUAGUGUAAUGUUUUAAUGUGUCUUCAUGCAGCAUUAUUUGAAUCCCCAACAAAAGUUGUUUGUCCUGUGAUUUAAAAGUUACUUUGCAAUAUGACAGUACCAGGUUAAUUGGGAUUAGUAUAGAGACAAUAUCAGUCAGGCCCUAAUUAGAAUACAAUGUGGUUAAAAUUUUGCUGUGUCAGACUAGUAUUAAAUCAAUACCUAAAGUUCAAUAUGAUUUUGCAUGGAAGCUUCCUUCAGGGCUUUGAAUUGUACCGAAGGCUGAGAUCCUAAUUUACUAAAUCUUUGGUGGUUCUCUUCACUGGUAAAGAUAGAUCUUUGUUUCUUUCUGUGAAGAACCUCUGGGAAGUUGAUCUGUAACUAGCAUCCAAGCUGCAUUGUUGCAUGUUUACUACAUAAUGAAAAAAAACUUGUUCAAAUCUUCAAGUUUCAGCACUAGAAACAAUUGAAAAUGGAAGGAGCACCGACCACAUUUUAAAAUAAUUGGUUGUAUUAAAGGCUUAUUUAUUCUCCCCAGCAAUUGUUCAAUGCACAUUUUAUUAGAUGAAAGAUGUUCUAGAUCAGUAUGAAGACACCUAAAUGUAAAAUCAAUUUCUUUGUUACCAGUACAUUACUGAUUAAUGGUUUAUGGAAUAACUAUUCCAAUUCAAGUUUGCACAGGGUGAAACUUACUUUUUAAUUUUUUGCUACAGUACAGUUUAUGAAAUCAAUUAUGUAUAUUGUGAACAAAAACAAAAA